AAAUUAAAAUAAUCAAACGUAAAAAAUAAGACAGUUUUUUACAUCAAAUUUUGUAAAAAUUUUAGAUUAAUAUAUUCCAAAUUCUUAAGUAUUAUGGCUGUCUCGUCACUUUAUAUUCAAAAACCGCAACCGGAAUGGGGUGUUAAGCUAUCAAAAUUUAUAUUUAUACCUCAACGAAUAAUACUGGCUCUUAUGGGAUUCUUUGCCGUAGUAAAUGCCUAUACAAUGUGAAUUUGUUUAUCCAUGGUUAUUCCAGCAUUGGUUUUACCUCGCAAUUAUAGCGAUGAAAAGGUUUCUGAAACUCAUUGUCCUGUGUCGGAGGAGCUAUUUGAAGAUGAUGGGAAUCCUCUUUCCGGAACUUAUGACUGGUCACAACCAAUGCAGGGAUUUAUUUUAAGUUCCUUUUAUAUUGGUUAUCUGAUCACCCAUGUCCCCGGAGGGGAGUUAGCAAAAAAAUUCGGUGCCAAAUGGGUUUUAAGUUUGGGUAUUCUAUUCACGGCCAUCUGCACGCUACUAACACCUUUAGCAAUUGAAUAUACUGGUCAUGUUGGUUUAAUUGUUAUGCGUAUUCUAAUGGGAUUGGGAGAGGGAACAACAUUUCCGACUUUAAGUGCUUUAAUAGCUCAUUGGGUGUCAAAAAAUGAAAGAGGAGCAAUUGGCUCUUUAAUUUUAGGUGCUGGACCAAUGGGUACAAUUAUCGGCAAUCUAUUGUCUGGAUUUCUUUUAGCCAGAAGUAGUUGGCCUGUGGUAUUUUAUACCUUUGGUUUUCUAGCGGUAUUGUGGUUUAUAUUCUUUUCCUUGUUUUGCUUUAGUGACUCUGCCUCACAUCCCUUUAUUAAAUCCAGCGAAAAGGAAUAUUUAACACAUGAAUUGGGAUCUAUUACACGCAGACGAGAUCUAGGUGCAACUCCCUGGAAAGAAAUUUUUCUCAGCAUGCCAAUGUAUGCCCUACUAGUUGCUCAAGUCGGCCACGAUUGGGCAUUUUAUAUACUCGUUACAGAUUUGCCAAAAUACCUAAAUGAUGUCAUGCAAAUACCCAUUAAGAAGAAUGCAAUCUACUCCUCACUGCCUUUCGCUAUAAUGUGGAUUGUUUCGAUAAUUGCAGGAAUUUUGGCAGACUUUUUAAUAAAACAUGAAUUUUUACCUCUCACGGCAGUAAGAAAACUUAUGACUUUCAUCGCAGCCUUUGGUCCUACACUAUUUGCAAUUCUAGCUUCAUAUGCCGGUUGUAAUGAGUUGGAAGUUAUAACAUAUUUUUGCUUGUGUUUAGGUAUAAUGGGUUUCUAUUUUGGAGGUGGCAGGUUAACUCCAAAUGACCUGAGUUCAAACUACGCUGGAACGCUAAUGGCUAUAACGAAUGGUUUUGGGUCAUUUGCGGGAAUUUUAGCACCAUAUUCUGUAGGUUUAAUGACACCAAAUACAACUAUUCAGGAGUGGCGACUUGUUUUUUGGGUUGCCGGUUUUAUACUUUCAGCAUCUGCUAUAUUUUAUUGUGUAUGGGUAACUGGUGAAACUCAAUCAUGGAAUGAACCGAGUCCAAAAAAGUAUGUGGAAAAAGAAUAAAAUUACAAUGAAUUUUCGUAUUUAAAGUUUUGUGCGAGUUUUUUGUAGUUAUAAAUAAAUAUUGUAGCUUUAUAAAAAAUUAAAUGAGAUAUUGGUUUAGGUAUUUGGGAAAAUCUGCAUUUGCAAAGAAAGAUUCAAAAAUAUUUUUGUUUUUCAGAUUACUUUACAAAAAAUUCUAAAU